AUGUAUCUGCACCGCACACCACACCACCCAGACCAUACACCACACUACACUACACCACACAACCCGAACACCACACCACCCUACACCACACCACCCUACACCACACCACCCUACACCACACCACACCACACACCACACCAUACCAUACCCCACACUACACUACACCACACAACCGGAACACCACACCACCCUACACCACACCACACCACCCUACACCACACCAGACCACACCACACCACCCUACACCACACCACACCACCCUACACCAGACCACACCAGACCAGACCACACCACCCUACACCACACUACACUACACUACAGAAUUGA